AUGAAGCCAUCAAACACCCUCACCACAUCCGAUUUCGCCGCCGCCACCAACUUGCCCAUCGUUCUGGACAGCACCUUUUGCCUACGCUCACACUCCGCUUGGUCAUCAUCGAAAAUCCUGGCCCAUGUAUCGACUGAUCUGGCUAUUAAACGGUCAGAGUCUCCUCGCCAUCGGCGGAAUGACCCCCUUGCAGAUAUCGCGGCCAAUCUUCCCAACCAGAUUUCCAAAAUCCCUGUUCGAAUGUCCCCCACCAUCGAUUGCUCAAGCCUCUUAUUUAACCAAUCCUCAACUCUUGCGGCUCUUGACAGCAAUCAGCGCACAACUGGAGAAUCCUCGGAGAGGAAAAACUUACAUACUUCCUGGCUCACUUCCUCACUGUCACCUCUUAUUUGGCUUCCAAUGGCAUUUGUAAAUCUCCCCACUGUCGAGGCAAAAGAAGAAGACCUCCAGCACAAAACAAAAUCACCGCUAGCAUCUGAUCACCUUGCGACCCAGAGCAUCGACCCACACAUAGACACCACUGAAUCUUGCAGCAAUAGAGAAGAGAACGCAGAGCUCUCGGACCUUCAUACGCUUCCCAAUAUCAGUCUUUUGAACUUGGAAAAGAACAGUACUCCCCCUCGUUGUCCAUCACGCUUGAAAGAAAGUCCACCCAACACAGUACUCAAUCGAUCUGUUCGGUUCAGUGACCCCACCCCCCUAGGGAUACAGACCGACCAGUCCCAAUGGCUCCACAAUUUCAGCAUAGACACCACGUACGAUAAGGUGGACGCUUUCCCAAGUCCAACACCCGGCAAACGGUUUCUAGGGAGAGGCUCGAUUGAUUCCAAUUACCAAUCCCCGAGGAAGGCUUCUCUCCCAGACUGGGUCGUUAAUGAAUACUUAUCAUCCAAUAACUCCCCCAAGAAGCUUGAACCAAUCGGAGAUCUGAAAUCCCUCCAAACACACCCUACCCACAAGAAUCAAAGCAACCCGGGGACUCAACAUCCCAGAAUGAAUUUCACUUUGAACACCUACAAACGAUCCCGGCCAUCGACCACAUCUCACUCCAUCUUACCAGCACGCCAUCUGCCGCCGCCAGGAAAAGUGUUCUACCCUCUCCUCCACCAUUCUGAAGUCAAGAAAUUCAACCAGAACAACGACUCGCUCUCUCUCAGCCCUCAUCUGUCGCCUCGUCUCCAGAACGUCAACCAAAAAUCGGCUUCCAAACUCUCCUUCAAAAGCAAAAUCCGACAGAUCUUUGUCUUCCGAAAAAAGAGCUCCAAAAAAUCUAAUGUGUCGCUACCUAACUCUUUAAACUAA